AUCUGCGCCAGCGACCGCGGGAGAGCUUUCAUCCUGCCUGGCGACCAAUUCCCCCAUCGAUGGCAUCGCCGUGGUGAAAACGUAAUCGCCUUGACGCCCAAUUUUGUGUUUGUAGCCAUACAUAUAAUCCACAAACCGCACGUCUUGGCGGACGUCUACAGGCGUCGCGCAUUGGUUUUGCGCAACACCAUAGUACUGCUUUAGCCGCAAGAGUCGUGAGCACAAAUGCAAGCCUCCAUGAUGAAGACUCGGGCUGGCGUGCAGCGCAGCGGCUGCCCGGCGGUGGCGCGCACCUUCGCGGCGACCCAGCCCUCCGGGGCCGCUGCGGCUGCGGCUGCUCGCGGCGUGGCUGCGUGGGUGUCGGGCGUCGCCCCCGCGACCGCGGCGGCCCGCCCCGCGGCCGCGAGCCGCCGAGGAGCGCACGUGGUCACGGCCGCCGCCGCCGCGCCUCCCGCCGUCGCCACCGCCGCCGCGCCGCGCACGCGCGAGGAGGAGGUGCUGGCCCAGCUGCGCAACGUGAUCGACCCGGACUUUGGCGAGGACAUUGUGGCGUGCGGCUUCAUCAAGGACCUGGCGGUGGAUGAGGCGGCGGGCGCCGUGGCCUUCACGCUGGAGCUCACCACGCCCGCCUGCCCCGUCAAGGAGAUGUUCCAGCGCCAGAGCACCGAGUUCGUCAAGGCUCUGCCCUGGGUGCGCGACGUGGCGAUCAAAAUGACCAGCCAGCCCGCCAAGCCGCUGCUGCCGGAGUCAGGCCGCCCGGGAGGACUGGCCAAGGUCCGCCACAUCAUCGCCGUGUCCUCCUGCAAGGGCGGCGUGGGCAAGUCCACCGUGUCCGUCAACCUGGCCUACACGCUGGCGCAGAUGGGGGCCAAGGUGGGCAUCUUUGACGCGGACGUGUACGGCCCCUCGCUGCCGCUCAUGGUGGACCCAGAGGUCAAGGUGCUGGAGAUGGACCCCGCCACCAAGGCCAUCUACCCCACCCAGUACGAGGGCGUCAAGGUGGUGUCGUUCGGCUACGCGGGCCAGGGCAGCGCCAUCAUGCGCGGCCCCAUGGUGUCGGGCCUCAUACAGCAGAUGCUCACCACGGCGGACUGGGGCGAGCUGGACUACCUGGUUGUGGACUUCCCUCCCGGCACCGGCGACAUCCAGCUCACGCUGUGCCAGACCGUGGCCUUCUCCGCCGCCGUCAUCGUCACCACGCCGCAGAAGAUGGCGUUCAUUGACGUGGCCAAGGGUAUCCGCAUGUUUGCCCGCCUGGUGGUGCCGUGUGUGGCGGUGGUGGAGAACAUGAGCUACUUCGAUGGCGAGGACGGAAAGCGCUACUUCCCAUUCGGGCAGGGCUCGGGCGAGCGCAUCCAGCGCGACUUCGGUCUGCCCAACCUCAUCCGCUUCCCCAUUGUGCCAGACCUGUCGGCCGCAGGAGACGGCGGGCGGCCGCUGGUGGUGUCCUCUCCCGCCUCCGCCACCGCCUCCACCUUCAUGGACCUGGGCGCGGCGGUGGUGCGCGAGGUGGCCAAGAUGGGCGCGGCGGGCAGGGCGCCGAGGCAGACGGCGCACUUUGACCAGGAGCAGGACGCGAUCGUGGUGGCGCUGCCCGGCGAGCCCGAGUUCCUGCUGCCGCCCGGGGUGGUGCGCGCCAACGAUACCUCCGCCACCUCCAUCGACGAGUGGACGGGCCAGCGUAAGCGCGAGGAGGCGCCGGCGGACGCGCGGCCCGUGGCUGUGAACCCGCUGGGCAACUACGCGGUGCAGAUCACCUGGAGCGACGGAUUCAACCAGGUGGCCUCCUACGAGCUGCUGGACGAGCUCAAGUCGUACGCCGUACCGCGCCGCCCCGUCAGCGGCGGCAGCGCCAGCGGCAAUGGCAGCGUGUCCACGUCACUGCCCGGCGGCAUGCAGGCGCAGGCACAGCUGGCGUAAGCGCGCCGGGGGCCGGCUGGCGUGGCGAAGGGCGCUGUGUGGAGUGGCUUGCGCUGUGCAUGCGCUGCAAGCAGGCUGUGUGGUUGGGUGGUUGGGUACGCGCGGCGGUGGUGCUCGGUGCUGGGGGGGGGUUUGUAAAUACCAGCCCAAACUAAAUCGGGGGGGUUGCCGCGGGGAGGGUGGAGCUGUGGGGAGGGAUGGAGCCGUCGGGGGUUGUGUGGGUUGGUGUGAGCGGCAGCGCUGCAAGGCGCAGCGAGCAAGACGUGGAGGACAGGACAGGUUCGGUCGCCUGUGCACGCGACCGCAGUAGCGUAAGGGUGCAGUGGCGUUGACGAAGCCAGGGCAAGAGCGAGGGCCGCAGGCGCAUCGGCUCCUCUGGCGGGGCACCCGUUGCGCUUUCGUGACAUGUGUCCAAUUAUAGGGCUUUGGUCGCACACUCAUAACUCCGACGUCAGGUGGCAUUGAUCGUACGUUCGUACAUGUUGGCUUGGGUGACUUCGUCGGUGGAGAAGGCGGAUGUCACCGGGCUGAUUCAUUUGCGUGCCUGCAAACAGGCAGGAGGCAUGCAACCAGCAGGCAGUGAGCAGGCAGGUCGAUCUGAGACGGGGCCAGGAGGGCGGGGCCCGCAGGACACGUGUGGAACGAAUGCGAUGGAAUAGGGCAAGGGGCAGGCUAGCAGCCUGGCAGGGUGUGGAAUGGCGAUGCUGGAGUCAGCUGGACGAGCAAGGGUAGUGAAUGAGAGCGGGUCCUUGGGUCAGGCGAGGGGUACGUGGACAUGUAUGCGGAUGUUGACUUUUGGACGUGGGCACGUUGCGGCUCCUGGUGGGAAAGAGUGGCGGACUGGCACACAGGGACCUACUUGGAGCCUUGGAGGCACCAAGGGUCUGGUGCAGGCGGCUGGUGGGCCCCCGGCCGCAUCAGGCAGCGUACGCCGUAAUAGGUCGCACUGUCACAGCAGCACUGGCAGCAGCAGCCGAGGAGGAGGUCCCGCCCGCAAGCCGCGGCCUGCCGCGCCCCUUGGUGACCGUGACAAUAAACGCUGCGCCACACAUGUAUCGUGAAGUCC